AUGGAAUCCUCGACGGCUGCAGAGAUUAAGCCUCAUCCAAAUUGUGUGGCUGUAGAUAACAACUACUUUUUAUCAGCAGAACAAAAACAGUUUUAUCUAGAAAAUGGGUACCUUGUUAUAAAACGGAUGUUUGAUUUUGAUGAAUUAUACAACUUUAAACAGCAUUUUAUUCUUAUUGCCAAAGGGCUGGUGGAUAAAGGAAAUUCAACAGUAGUUCGUGAGCCUUCUCUUGUCAAGAAGGGGAUGACAGGAGAGCAGGCCAUCAAUAAGGUCCAGGAGAUCCAUUACGACGAUGUAUUUAUGACCUAUACAGAGCAUCCAAAACUGUUGAAUGUUGUCUCACAGUUCAUUGGUGAUAACAUACGAGUGAUGAAUAGUAUGUUUAUCAAUAAACCACCUGGCAGUUCUCAUCACCCACCCCAUCAGGACCUAUUUUACUUCCCCUUUCGUCCUGCAGAGAAAAUCAUAGCGUCAUGGACAGCUGUUGAUGAAGUCACGAAGGACAAUGGCUGCCUCUUCAUCAUACCACGGUCUCACAAGUUGAAUCAUUUGUAUGCACAUGGGCAUUUGCCGGAUGCAAAUAAAUUAUACCACGGUAUAUUAGACAAGUCGGUGUUUGACAGCAGCAAGUAUGUCCAGUUGGAGAUGACUCCCGGAGAUACAGUGUUCUUUCACCCCUUAAUUGUUCAUGGGUCUGGACCAAAUAUUACUAAGUUCUACCGCAAAUCGAUAACGGCUCACUACGCCAGCGGUUACUGCCAGUAUGUGGACGUGGGUGGGACUGUCCAAGAGGUUGUCGCCAAAGAUAUUGAGAACGAAGCCCAAAGGAGAGGAUUUGACCUCACUUUUGUGGAUACUUGGCGUUUUAAAAGCAAGCAAGUGAUGGGAGCGAGAGCAAACCUCUAA